CGGAGGGAAGAGAGAGAUAGGAGAGAGAUUAGGGUUCUGCAGAGGUUCGAAAGAAAACCGGCAAGAAAACUGAAAUUUGAGCAUGAAAUCCCUCCCGCCAGGCGCCUCGAAAGCGCCCAUCAAGUUUCGAAUGCCAACUGCCGAAAAUCUUAUACCUAUUCGUUUGGACAUUGAAAUUGAUGGGCAGCGGUACAAAGAUGCCUUCACAUGGAAUCCUAAUGAUCCUGACUCAGAAGUGGUCAGUUUUGCAAAAAGAACUGUGAAGGAUCUCAAACUACCACCGACAUUCAUGACGCAGAUUGCCCAAUCUAUUCAAACACAACUGGCAGAAUUUCGGUCAUAUGAAGGACAAGACAUGCAUAUCAAGGAGAAGAUUGUGCCCCUUAAGAUUGAUCUUCGAGUAAAUAACAUUGUAAUAAGGGAUCAGUUUUUGUGGGAUGUAAGCAACUUUGAAAAUGAUCCUGAAGAAUUUGCGAGAACCUUGUGCGAAGACUUGAACAUUGGAGACCCUGAAGUUGGACCAGCAAUUGCAGUUGCUAUCAGGGAGCAGCUUUAUGAGGUUGCAGCUCAAAGUGUUUCUUCUGCACGAGAAACCAGAGUAGGCAAAAAGGGUCGCCGUGGAAUAGAAAAUGUUACAAAUAGUAAGACGGGAAAUAGCGCAUUGGACUUACUAAAGUUAUUUGGCAGCAAAGGAAGUGUCAUUAGGAAAAGGAAGGAGUGGUACUUGUAUGAGCCCAUUGUUGAUCUCCUGUCAAAUGAAGAAGUUGGCGCUCUUGAUGCAAGAGAAGAGCUGAGUGCUCGGUAA